UCAGCAAAUGUUAUUUAUUUCGUAUUACCUAAUUAAAUUUUCCUCUCCCUGUAAUAGUGUAAUGUGGUUAUUAAUAUACAUAUUAUACUUAAACUAAAAACAAAGCCAGUGUAAUUUAUUUAUAGAUGUUUGACAGCAUAACUAUUGUGUGAUAAUACUUGCGAAUCGAUUUCAUAUUAGGGGACUCACUGCAUUAAAUAGAUUUGUUAAAAAACCUUAAUAAAAAAAUUUGAUAUGGCUGAUGAAAAUGACGAAGAAUCUUUUGUAAUAUUAGGAACAUCGCCUACAGGCUUAAGUUCAUAUAAAUCUGAAAAUAGUGAAAAUAAUUUUCGAAGCAAUUUCUCGUCAAUAAACGGAAUUACUGGUAAUGAACUUGAUGGAAAUGUCUCAGAUGCCAGCGUCGCAAAAUACAGUUUUAUUGACGAUUAUCAACCCCAAAUAAGUGCAAGUAAAUCAAACAUAGAGCCAGCCAAUUCCAACAAUUGGCCUGUAUUAGAGCAAAACCAAAAUUUACAUACAUCUAGUCAUAAUAAAUCAGAAGAUAACAGUAAUGUUAGAAGUCCUUCGUUAAACCAUACAAAUUCAGAUGUAACAAAAAGUACUAAAGCGUCGUUUGAAGUUGAAAAAAAUAAUAUCUCUUUGGACGGAACCAGAAACCUACCUGCAAAAGAAGGGUCACUUGCAGCCAGUUUUCUAAUGGGUGAUUUGCAUUUAGAUGUGUUAAAGGCUACUCUGCACUCACAAUUCCCAAGUCUUUGCAGUUCUUCUAUUAAAAGCGACGAGUUUAUUAAAUUGCAAAAUGUUUUGGCAGAAUAUAUAGAGUUAAAAGAAACUCUACAAAAAAAUAAUAUUGCGAUGAGGAAGCAUUUUACUACACUUCAGAAAUGGCAAGAGGAAGUUAGAUCACAAAAAGAAGAACAAGCCAAACAAAUUGAAACAUUUCAGGGAAUUGUCACUAAGCUCCGAAAUGAAAAUCUGGAGCUACGAAAAGAGUUAAAUGACAAAAUUGAACAGAUUAAAAUUAAUGAAGAUAUACUGCACAGAGAAAAUGAAGAAAUGGUAAAAAUUAUAUCAUCAAAAACUGCUCAAAUACAGAAUAUGGCGUUUCAAAUUGAAAAGUUAGAACAACAGCAUUUGAAUUCUUUUGAAUACAUUGAAAAAUUGAAAAAUGAGAACGAACUGGAGAAAGACAGUAAAAAAAAGAUGGAAUAUGAAUACAUCCCUAUAUUGGAGCAUAAAAGAAUUGUUAGUGAACUAGAAACAAAACUAUCAGAAGCCGUUGCAAAAAAUUUAGAAUUAGAUGAGUUGAAAGAUAAAUAUUUAGCAGAAAUUAAAUCCUUAAAAGAAAGACUACAUUCAUGUCAGGAAGAAUUGAAAAAUGCGCAACAUGAUAUAAGUAUUUUAAAAAGUAAUGACGAAGAAAGAAAACAACAUUUUGAAAAUUAUCAGAAAGAACGCGAUGAAAUGCGUAAUGAAAUUUCUAUAUUAAAAACUCAAGUAGAGAUUUAUAGUAAAGAUUUUGAAAUGGAGCGAGUUGCACGAGAAAAUUUAGCUGGUGAAAAGGAAAAAGUAUUGACAGAAUUAAGAUUGUUACAAAAACGAAAUCAGGAGCUACUUGAAAGUUCAAAAAAACAUUUUGAAUCCUUAGAAAAUGUAGAGAAGGAUCCUUCUUCAUCACGAAACAACAAUGUGAACAAUGUUAUAUCAGAUGAACAGAGAAAAGAAGAGCAGGUUUUCGAACCAAGUGGCUUUGUUUGCCCUUUGUGCAAUCGGCAAUUUAAAUUAUUACAUGAUCUUCAGACCCAUGUAGAGGAUUGUAUCGACAAUCAGUAAAUGUAUCCUCAUAUAAAAAUUGUUUCUUGUUAAUAUACAUAGUAUUUUAUAAAAAAAAAACAUUGGAAUGUAAAUAACCAAUAGUUUAAUUUUAAAUUUAUUUGGAUAAACACAAUCCUCGUGAUUUUUGUUUUUAAUCUUAGGUUUGGUGCGUUAUAUUUGUUUUUGGACUGAAAACAUUUAACUAUGCGUUAUUAUUUCAUCAAUAAAUAAUUUUCAUAACUACAAAAAUCUACUUUUAUGUAUUAAUUUAUUAAAACUUGAUUUUUAAAAUAAAUAAUCGAAGCAAUGUUA